UCUCCUCCUUUUCAAAUCUCCAUCUCUCGUUUUUUUUUUUUUUAUGACCACCUUCCUUUACGCUUUCUCUUCUUUAAUUCAAACCCUCUCUGCAAUCUAAUAAUCUCAGCCUCCUCGCCCGAUAAAAACCAAAAUCCUUCGCGUGGUUUCUUAAUCUUAAUCACGGAAUUUUCAGAUCUAUAUCUCCACUAAUCACUGAAAAAUGUCUUUUGCACGGAAUUAUCGUUCACAAGGAGGAACAUGCCAUGAUGAUCGGUGGACCUCUUUCAAUGGAAACAAUUUCAACCAUAGAAACAGGAACGUGAAUGUGAAUAGGAGCAGCAACUACAACUACAUCUGGAAUCAUAGCAAUUUCCGUGAUUUCUCCUCGGGGAAAUUCAGGGACCAUGUCAAUGGUUAUGCUAACCCUCCUACUGUUGCACCAGCUUUUAAAAGGAGAAAAUUUAGUGUGGAUACUUGGGGAGAGUGUGGUGGGAGACACUACCCUCAGUACAAUGCAUAUGAAUGCGCUGAUCAAUCAACUUACAAUAGUUCAGCCCCUCUGAUCACAAGAUCCAAUGCUGAGGUCUCUACAUCUACAUCUAUGAGUUGCAAACGUGACCGCUCAAAACUGGAAGAAGAUGAGCCAGUAUUUUUGUCAAAGGAUGAGAUUGAGAGAUACUCCCCAUCAAGAAAAGAUGGAAUUGAUGCACUACGUGAAACACAUCUGCGGUAUUCUUAUUGUGCCUUCCUUCAGAAUCUUGGGCUGCGGCUGGAGUUGCCACAAACUACUAUUGGCACCGCCAUGGUUUUGUGCCACCGGUUUUUUGUUCGGCGAUCACAUGCUUGCCAUGAUAGAUUUUUAAUUGCCGUUGCUGCACUUUUUCUUGCUGCAAAGUCUGAGGAGACACCUUGUCCUUUGAACAAUGUAGUGAGAGCCUCUUGUGAGAUUUUCCACAAGCAGGAUAUUACUUUCUUGUCGUACCUGCUCCCUUUUGAUUGGUUUGAACAGUACCGAGAGCGAGUGAUUGAGGCUGAGCAAAUGAUUCUGACUACACUCAAUUUUGAACUCAAUGUGCAGCAUCCAUAUGGUCCCCUUACAUCUGUCCUCAACAAAUUAGGUCUUUCACAAACUGUGUUGGUGAAUCUGGCGCUAAACUUGGUCAGUGAAGGGAAGCAAUUUGAUUUGGACUAUCUUCUUGUAAAUAUAUUAUAUCUGGAUUUUCUCACACUAGUUCAGCUAAAGACAUGGUUUAAGAUUUAGCAAGUGGUCUUGCAGUUAUGAUGGCUUGUCUGUGUCUAUAGAUGGACUGGUUUGUGUCUAAAUCCCAACGAAUCGGAAGUUGUGGGGGACUCUUUGUACUUGGGCCAUGGAGAGUAUGUGCUGGGUUCUUCUUUUUCUCUUUUGGUUCAACAUAGUGUUCUACUAGUCUCAAUGGUUUUCUUUCAAGUAACUACACUAUGUAGUUAUUCUGGUAUGGGAUAUUGAUGUUUUUGGCAUGGCAUAUAAUUGCAGGGUCUACACAAGAUUAACGUGCUCACCUGUAUGAUAUUGUUAGCUGGCGGAUUGAUAUGCUGUGCAUGGAAAGUUUUUAAACAUCUGAAGUUGCUUUGCCAAGAUGUUGUGGAUCGCAUUACUGUGAUUCGCUAUACCCCCAUCAGCCGGGUUAUUUGCUAAAAAAGAUAGCCUCAGAACAUCCAAAAUCUUUUUUGCAUUCAACUUUUUCUCACUCUCUUCUUCCUUUUUCAUACUUUCAUUUGGAGCAAGUUGUCUAGCCUCCUUGUACAAACUUAAAGUUUGUAAGACCUGGCUGCUUGUUCAUUUAGCAUCCAUUCACCCUGAUUUGGAGGAAACUAAAUUGAUUUGACAAUGAUCAAAAUCCAUAGUGACUGGGAUAUCUUUUGUUCUUAUUUUCCCUCCUUAAUGAUUUUUGCCCUUAUUUUCUA